GCGAAGCACGACACGAUUGGCCGAAAUUCUGCAAAUGACAAGACUGUACUCAAACCGACCCGAGCAUUUGGCGACAGUGGCAACCUUCCUUGCUUGCCCAUUCAACCAAACUCAACUUGUGCGGUAUCACAUUCAACAAAACACACACAGACAGACAGCCACACCAUGUCCAGCGCAACUCAAACUACUACAGCCGACAAGAGCGCCUUUGAUUUGCGCCAAGAAGAAUACUUGGCGGCGCGACGAGCCGGUGCCGAAGCGAUCGAAGUUGGAAGGGAAACCUUGGAGACAGUGUCGCGACAGGGCGAACAAUUGCACCAUGCCGAACAAAUGGCGGAUGAAACGGGCUACAAGCUCGACAAGGCCGGUCGAAUUUUGCGGGGAAUGACGUGGAGUGGAUGGGUCGCCAAUAUAUUUUCCACAGACGUCAAGCGACAACAAGACGGUACUGCACAACAGCAACAAGGCAAUGACACGUUGGUGCCGUCGGUCUACGAGGACGCUCCUCCCGUGUGUCGGGAUGCUGCACAAGCCGUGCAGAAUUAUAAUGCCAAUUUAAAAGUCUUGACGACGUGUGAAACGGACGAACAACUGGAGACAUGUCAUUUGAUUUGUGAAAAUAUGUAUCGUGUGGCCUUGACCGAAAUCAACAAAUUACUCAGUACUACUACUACUAGUGAGGCCAUGGAUAUGGAUGAGACGUCUCGGGUGUUUGUCCAAAAAUUACAAAAAGACUUGACCAAUCUACGAUCGCGCCAACAAAUCAAAAAGCGAUACUACGAACGACAAAAAAAGGAAGCUCAAGCUUACGCGCAAUCCCGAGAAACACUCCAGCUCGGCGACACUACUGCUGAACAGAACAACAACAACAAACCACGAAAUGACGUGACGAAAGAAUUGGUCGUUGCCACGGACGAUCCACAAGCACAAAAAUUGUUGGACUUGCAGAAUCAACAUCUCGCCGGUAUAAGCCAACAUUUGGAUGAAUUGGGCAAUCUCGCCCUCAAUUUGGGAGAAGCCACGGAAAAACAAGCCGCCAUGGUGGAAAUACUCGACACCAAAUCCGACACCAUUCUCGACAAAUCACGCAUGGUCACACGACGAGCCGAUCGGAUGAUUCAACAAAAGGCAUGGACUCCCGCCAAACCAACCUUUCAGAGUACCAUCACCAUUCAACACGUGCCCACACAAAAAUACUUGGCCAUUGCCAAUGGAUAUUUGGUGCUCAGAUCCCACCUGGAUACCUCGGAAUCGUGCAUCUUUGAAGUAUGGAAACGACAAGGGUCCAUCUUUGGAUUGCUUUCCAAGUUCAAUCGAAAGUGGGUGGGACAAAACAUGCUGGGCAGUCUAGAGUGUCGGGCGUCCUCCUUUGGCCGACGACAAGAAUUUGAGACGGAAAAGGAAUGGAAGGCCACUCCUCUGCUCUGUGCUUCGGCUGGGUGGGGAGCUGGAAGCUAUGUCGUCGUCAGCGAAAAGGAUCAUGUCGUCAAUAUUGCUCCAACGGGAUCGGUCACCGGCAGAGUGGCAGAUCUUUGGUGCUUUCGAGAGAUCCAUUAAAUAUUGAUCUGCUGCGAGCAUUCCGUUGCUCUGUUUUUUGUUGUUGCUACGAUAGACUGUCCCAUCAAUCAAUCAAACAAUCAGCUUGUAACGACUACCGUAUAGUUCCUAUCUUUUGUUCCGUCCU